UGAAUUCAUCUAGUAACCAGAUACAACCAAAAGUGUUUCCCAAGAUGAUUGACGACCUUGGAGAUCAGAACUAUGAAGAUUGAGACAUCAGUGAGGAUACCCUUUCAGAGGCUUGUGUUUGAGUAGGAAGACUGAGAGGAGCACUCAGGAGUGCAAAAAUGUUGAGCUCGUUGAAGUUCAUUGGCCAUUUAGGUCAAUCUCAAGAUAAGUUAUUUAAGAGUCAUGAUCAAGGAUCUUGAGCAGUUCAGAGUGUUUACUUAUCAAGAAAAGAAAUUUCUUUUAAAAAUUUCAAUAAAAAUAAAGAUUCAACUUUGUGAGAGUCAAAACUAGGAAGUAAAAACCCUUCUCUAAAAUCUCAAACCAGUGGGAUGUUGAGAGAAAUGAUUAGGAUCAAGGAAGAAGAUGCUCCACUUCUAUCAAAGAAACAGUCAUCUACUUCUUUAAACGAACUCGAACAACUCCCAGAAAAUAACCAAUCAUAUCAACUCACAAUGAAAGACGUUCAAAAUCCCCGUGAACAGCAUGAAUCUUUCAUCUAA